AUGAAGGGUGGAGGAGAGAAGAAGGAUGUCAAGCAGGGCGUUAUGGUUCCAUAUGAAGCGGCGGGGGGCGAUGGCACUGACGAAGACACUCGCAGCAUCGAGACCCCGAACACCAAGCGAGAAAGGAUAAAAGGUGAGAAUCUCAGGCUCUGUGGCUCCAUCACAGAGUUCUUCCUGUUCCUUUUAACCUUCUCGUUAGCCAUGCUGCUGAACCAGUCAGUGGCCACUUCGCGACUGAGUGACCACAUUCGCAUGAAGCUGAACCCCACGCAUCAUCCGAUCACGCGGAUUACCAACGUGGAUACGCUUUAUGACUACCUGGAGGAGGUGUUCGUCCCUGCGCUCUACCAGAAUUCCACUGACAUCCAGCUUGCAGAGGGCAUCUCUAUGUACCUGCGGCCGUUGGACAUCGCAAACAGGAUGUUGGGAACCGUCCAACUUCGUCAGGUUCGAGUGAACCUCCAGGAGAACUGCCAGGUGCUUCCGCUCUUCGAGCAGUAUUCGGUUAGCUGCUAUCCCAACUACAGCCCAGGUACCGCCAGCACAACGGCCUACGGCCCGCAAGAGAGGUUCACCUUUACAGAAGACAUUACGGGAAUCGACUACACUGGCUCGCUGGGAUCGUACACUUCGAACGGUUUCAUUGAGCGACUCGCAUCCAACAACACACAGGCUACGCAGCAAAUCCAGCAGCUAAAAGCCGACGGCUUCCUGGAUGCAGCCACGCGCGCCUUCUUUGCCGAGUUCAACAUCUGGAACUCGAACAUCGGCUUGUAUGCUGUCGUUACCUUUGUGGUGGAGUUCGGUGCUAGUGGGGGAACGUCGCAAGAGAUUGUGAUUGCCACCAUGACGGAGCGCGUGCUCACCGUGGGCGGCCUUGGCACAGUGACGGACUGGCUAGCUUUUGUGUUGCUGAUCCUCGUUAUGAUCUUCGUGGUGCAGUUCAUCUUCGAGGAGAUUCAGGAACUUUAUGGUAGCUGGCGCACCUACUUUUUCGACGCAUGGAAUCUCCUCGAUUGGGUGAACAUGAUUUUGCUGCUCGUUGGCUUCACCUUGCGCAUGUUGCUCUUCUCAGACGCAGCCAAUGCCAACGUUGGCCUUGAGCAGUUGACCAACAUGGAUUCUUUCCAAAAUAUUUCAGCCUUGGCCAGUGCAGCCACUACAGUGCGCGUGCUCAAUGCAUUCAAUUGUGUGCUGCUAUGGGGCAAAGUGACGAAGUACCUGCGGCAUCUGCCCUUGGUGAAGAACCUGAUCCGAACGGUCUGGACAGCCUUCGAUUUGUUCCUGCCAUUUCUUAUCAUGUUUGGGGUAGCGCUCGUCGGCUUCGUGAUGGCCUUCAAUGUAGGAUUUGGGGACAAGGUUGCCGAGCUGGCAAACUUUACAACCUCUGCAGUGUACUUGUGCCGGGCUUUCUUGAAGGAUGUCCAGCUGAUGCCCGUGUAUGACAUCACGCCUCUCUUCGGUGCUGGCUUGAUCUUGCUCUUCUAUCUGAACAUGAUAGCAGUCGGCUUAGCCUUGAUGUUUGCAAUGAUGGCAGACGCGCUGUUCAUUGCGAAAUACAGCAAGGAGCGAGAGGCCAGAAAUGCCGAAAAGGCUUACUGGAAUGAGGACGAACCAGUGGAGGAGGUCUAUCGAAAGGUUUCUGGCUUCAUUCAGAGAAUCAUGAUCCGCUUCUUUCCAAUGAUCUAUGUGAGAUACCGGAAAAUGACCGAAAGGCUGUCAACGCCAGAUGACGAUGGCGGGUCUGAUACCUCCAGCAAGGGAAGGCGCAAACAGGCGGCCCUUGAGGACAAGAACGAUCGCGGCAGCGCAGCGGGCGGCAAGAAGUCGACAGAUGAUGACUUGCAUUCAAGCCACUCGGGCUUCAGCCACGACAGCAGCGAGGGGCCGCUGAAACCUGGAGCAGAGGAGCUCAAGCGAGCUAUCGAGCACAUGUCCGGACGAAUCCUCUCAGAGCUGACCUUGGUGGGCAUUGAGGUGAAGUCUGAGCUGCACGACGUGACGGAGCGAAUUGCACAGAUGCAGAUGGCCGUUGAAGAGCUGGCCUGGCGAAUGGAAAAGGUUCGGAGCGAUCAGGAUGCAGAAAUGGCUGACCCAGAAGACGGAGUCAUAAACUGUGCCAGUUGCAGCUGCGAUGUGAGUUUCACACGCUUCCAGAAGCGCAAUCUGAAUGCGGAGAAUUCAAAGAAGGUGUAUGCAGGACGCGAGACAUCGGUGCACUUGUGCUUUCUCAACCCCAAGCUGGUUCCACUGAGCUUCGGCAUCUUGUGGACGGGUACCUGGAUGGCAAUGGCUGAGGGCACAGGGUACGAAUUUACCUCCGCGCGAACCUGUCUUGCAGAUCCGCUGAGCUGCCUGGCACAUCCGUGGAACGCCGACCCAUGGGGCCGUACGGUGGUGUUCGUGGAUGCCUUUGCGCUUUUGAUGUGGUUUAUUUCGCUGCGAACUCUACCGUCCACCGGAACGUCUGACCCAUCAAUUGUUGACCGAUUGUGGUCAAUAAUGCCCUGGCUCUACACGUGGCACUGGUUCGCUGCUUCUUGCACACAUGGUUUAAACCUGCGCCUAUUGAUGAUGACCAUCCUCGCAAGUGUUUGGGGCUUCCGCUUGACCUACAACUUCUGGAUCAAGGGUGGCUUCAGUGGUGGCGAGGAUUACCGAUGGGCAGUUGUGCGACAAUGGUAUCCUGGCUGGCAGUGGGAGGUGUUCAACCUCCUCUUCAUUUGCCUCUUCCAGCAGUGCUCCAUCCUUGCCUUUUCUGUCCCCGCUGUUGCGGCACUGCAGUCAAACAGAGCGCUGGGCUGGCUUGAUGCUGUGGCAGCAACCCUAUACCUGCUUCUGUGCCUCGGCGAGGCCGUGGCUGAUGCUCAAAUGUUUGCCUUCCAGACAGAGAAGUACCGACGGCGAGCGGCGGGCGAGGAUAUGGGACCGUAUGCUCCUGGGUUCAUCCAAACUGGCCUGUGGGCGUGGUCACGGCACCCCAACUACUUCUGCGAAGUCACCAUGUGGUGGGUCUUCUACCUCUUUAGCAUCGCUGCCACGGGGAAGAUGUUCAACUGGACAAUUUGGGGACCUCUCUUCUUGAGCGGCCUCUUUUUGACACCAGGGGCUUCCCUGGACAUCACAGAAGCGCUUUCCUCAAGCAAGUACCCGGAGUACGCGCGCUACCAGCAGCGAGUCAGCAAGUUCUUCCCACUCCCCCCGCGGAGGAAGGUUGAUCUUGCGACAAACGCGACGAGUGCCUGGAGCAAAGGGAAAAGCUUGCGCAUCGAUGCUGUUUGCUAUUGCGGGGAGAUCGAAAGCCUGAAAGUCCAGCUGGAGCUGUCCAACAGGCGAGCACUCGAAGCAGAGAAGGGGAAGCAGGCUCUUGUUCAGACUGUAGGCAGCGCGCGCGCUCAGAGCCAGCGGGCACAAGAAGAGCUCGAGAAGGAGCACAGCACGUCUGAGGAGUUACGCUUACGUGUUAACUGUCUGGAAGGGGAUCUGGCAUCGGCUCAGCAGCAGCUGAAGAGCUUUACACUUGAGUCAUCUUCAAAGGCCGUAGCUACUGCCAAGCAGCGCAUGCACGACCUCGAGAGCCAAGUCGCGAAGUCCGAGGCGCAGACCCGCGCAGCGCAGCGAGAAAGCGAUCGCUACCGGCUACAGGCAUUGGAGGCCAGGCAAACAGCAGAGGAAGCCUCAGUGGCACUCGAAGGCUUGAAAGCUGCCAUGGAAGAGGCAUGUACCAGCAAGGACCUCCAGAUUGCAAACUUGGAACAGCGGGUGGUGGCUGAGGUGGCCGUAGCGCGUCGUGCUGAAGAGAAGUUGCUUGCUCUGCAUGAAGAGGUCGCAGACAUGCACAGGCAGUUGGAUGCCGCUGUUGCACGGCUUGAGACGCACAAAGUCAAGUGGGACCAGGACAAGGAUCAGUACCAGCAAAAACUCAGUGAUGAACGCAAGCAAAGCCGGCAGACUGAAUCGGAAUUGCAGCAAACGAGGCUCAAACUGCUGGACACGGAGCAAGAGCUCGAGACAUUGAAGCAGCAGGGGCCCUCUUCCGAGUCAAAGGUAGAUGCACCUACUCAAACCACGGCGAAGAAGACAGAAGUGCAGGGAUCGGAGAAGGGCGAAGCACGGGAUGAAGCGAAGCAAGAGCCGAGCAAGGAGCCGACCCGAGUCACCGAAGAGAAGCAAGAGCCGAGCAAGGAACCGACCCAAGGCACCUCCACUCCUAAGGCAAGGCCCUCGCCUGAUGACUUCAUGCAGCGAGCCGACGAGAAGGCGAGAUUGAGGACCGAAUUGGCCGAACUCCGGCAAAUGUUAACAGAAGCUGGCUUCACGGACAAGGACGCCAAGGCUGACAAGAACGUGUUGCAGCUGAAUGAGGCGAUCCGCCGCGUGGACGCCGACAACUUCGACAGCUACAAGACCUGGGCGAAAAAAAAUGGAAUCUGGAUGUCAUCAACCAAGAAGGAGUCCUAUUCGGCCUUUAAGAGGACGAUGCUUGGACUCCACUGA